AUGAUUAUCUCUCUUGCAUUCCGAAUUUCUUUUGCUGAUAGUGUAAUGCUACUUGCUGUUCAUGUCGGUGGAGCCAUUCUAGAGUCACAAGCACCCCACAGAGAACUUCAAGCUUUUCGUCUGCUGCAAGAUUGUCCUGGAUGUAAUAACCUCCAGGAGGUGUCUGCUUCCUCACUUGCUGCAGUGCACUAUGAUCCGGAUCUUAAAGAUGUGAACAUAGUUGCCACAUACAGUGACCAUUAUGGCAAUAUACGGCUUGGUAGGGUGAAAAUGGGGGAUCUUUCAUCUUCUUGGGUUUUGGACAAUCCUGCCAAGAAACAAGGUCCGCAGCUAGUGAUACCACGGGAUUCAUUUCAAAAUGCUACUAUAAUGGAAGGGAGUGCAAGUCAUUCUACAACUAAUCAGUCUGGUGAAAGCGAGAAUCAGUUUCCACAUGUGGAAUUUACAAGCCCGGCGAAACUGAAGCGUCAGAUUUUACGUAAGGAAAGGAGAGGUCAGCGAACUUUGGAGCUGAUCCAACAAGAUAAGGAAACUGACGAGCAGAUGCAAGAAGCAGCAAUUGAGAAGUCAAUGAGUUUUGAAAACUCAGUCAUAGGGAAAUACAGUAUAUGGAGGCGAGACUAUGAGAGCCCAAACGCUGAUGCUAUCUUGAAGCUUAUGAGAGACCAGAUCAUAAUGGCAAAAGCAUAUGCAAAUAUUGCCAAAUCAAAAAAUGCAACCAAUCUUUACGUUUUCUUGGUGCAGCAGUGUGGAGAAAAUCAACGUGUUAUCGGAAAAGCAACCACCGAUGCUGACCUUCCUUCAAGCGCACUUGAUCAAGCAAAAGCCAUGGGCCAUGCUCUCUCUCUAGCAAAAGACGAGUUAUAUGACUGCCAUGAACUUGCAAAAAAAUUCCGGGCCAUGCUUCAAUCCACUGAGCGCAAUGUAGAUGGACUGAAGAAAAAGGGCACCUUCUUGAUUCAGCUGGCCGCCAAAACAUUUCCCCAGCCAUUGCAUUGCCUGAGUCUGCAGCUAGCGGCAGACUAUUUUCUUCUCGGUUUGAAUGAAGAGGAUGCAGUCAAAAAGGAUGCCAAUCGAAUAAAGUUUGAAGAUCCUUCUCUCUAUCACUAUGCGAUCUUUUCGGAUAACGUUCUCGCUACAUCAGUUGUGGUCAACUCCACUGUCCUGAAUGCGAAGGAACCGCAGAAGCAUGUGUUCCAUAUAGUAACUGACAAAUUGAAUUUUGCUGCAAUGAAGAUGUGGUUUCGCAUCAAUGUUCCUGUUGAUGCGACGAUUCAAGUUGAGAACAUCAAUGAUUUUAAGUGGCUGAACUCGUCGUACUGCUCUGUUCUACGGCAGCUUGAAUCCGCAAGGCUGAAAGAAUACUAUUUCAAAGCAAAUCAUCCUUCAUCCAUCUCAGCUGGCGCGGACAAUCUCAAGUACCGAAACCCAAAGUAUCUAUCGAUGCUGAACCAUCUGAGAUUCUACCUUCCUGAGGUAUAUCCGAAGCUGGAGAAGAUCCUGUUUCUCGACGAUGACAUUGUGGUGCAAAAGGACCUGGCACCUCUAUGGGCAGUAGACAUGCAAGGAAAAGUGAAUGGUGCGGUGGAGACGUGUAAGGAGAGCUUCCACAGAUUUGACAAGUACCUCAACUUCUCAAAUCCAAAGAUCUCAGAGAAUUUUGAUGCGGGGGCUUGCGGGUGGGCAUUUGGAAUGAAUAUGUUUGACCUGAAAGAGUGGAGAAAACGGAACAUUACAGGGAUAUAUCAUUACUGGCAAGACAUGAACGAGGACAGAACACUCUGGAAGCUGGGUUCGUUGCCACCCGGGCUGAUCACGUUUUACAACCUGACAUAUGCAAUGGAGCGGAGCUGGCACGUGCUGGGGCUUGGCUAUGACCCAGCGCUCAACCAGACAGCUAUAGAGAAUGCAGCAGUUGUGCAUUACAAUGGGAACUACAAGCCAUGGCUGGGUUUGGCAUUUGCCAAGUACAAACCCUACUGGUCCAAGUAUGUGCAGUUCGAUAACCCGUAUCUCCGUCUCUGCAACAUCAUUGAAUGA